AUACAAGGGGAAAGAUAUCGCCGUUUUCCCAGAACUGGAAAUCUCCACCGACGAGAAAUCUCUGCUCCGAUGGCCGGAAAACUCAUGCACGCCCUUCAAUAUGACAGUUAUGGCGGCGGAGCCGCUGGCUUGAAGCAUGUCCAAGUUCCAGUUCCGUCGCCUAAGACCGACGAGGUUUUGUUGAAACUCGAAGCCACUAGUUUGAAUCCCGUUGAUUGGAAGAUUCAAAAAGGAUUACUCCGCCCUUUUCUACCCCGCAAGUUCCCCUGCAUUCCCGCUACUGAUGUUGCCGGAGAAGUUGUCGAGGCUGGACCUGGAGUCAAGAAAUUCAAGGCCGGUGACAAAGUUGUUGCGGUUCUCAACCACUUGACCGGAGGAGGAUUUGCCGAAUACGCUGUUGCGAGCGAAAAGCUAACUGUUUCCAGGCCUCAACAAGUGUCGGCACCUGAAGCGGCAGCUUUACCUGUCGCGGGUCUCACGGCUCUCCAGGCUCUAACUCAACCCGCGGGGCUAAAACUCGACGGUACCACCUCCUCCUCGGACAAGCAGGCGAACAUCCUGGUCACGGCUGCAUCCGGUGGGGUCGGCCACUACGCUGUCCAGCUCGCGAAACUCGGGAACGCCCAUGUAACGGCCACUUGUGGAGCCCGGAACAUUGAGCUAGUCAAAUCCUUGGGAGCGGACGAGGUCCUCGACUACAGAACACCCGAGGGAGCUGCCCUGAAGAGCCCGUCGGGUAAGAAAUACGACGCGGUGAUCCACUGCGCGAUGGGGAUCCCGUUCUCGACGUUCGAGCCGAAUUUGUCGGAGAAUGGGAAGGUGAUAGACAUCACGCCCGGGCCGAGGGCGAUGUGGACGUACGCGGUGAGGAAGAUAACGAUGUCGAAGAAGCAACUGAUUCCGCUGCUGUUGAUGCCGAAAGCGGAGAAUCUGGAAUUUAUGGUGAAUCUGGUGAAAGAAGGGAAGAUAAAGACGGUGAUAGACUCGAAACAUAAUCUGAGCAAAGCGGAAGAUGCUUGGGCUAAGAGUAUCGAUGGUCAUGCCACCGGAAAGAUCAUCGUCGAGCCCUGAUCUUCACUACGGAUCUCUCUCUCUCUCUCUCUCUCUCUCUCUCUCUCUCUCUCUCUCUCUCUCUCUCUCUGUGUCUGUCAAGGUACUUGAGAUAAUACUGGCUUUGUGUUCUACACACGACAUCAAGAUAGGUUUAUACACACACACACACACACACUAUGUUGGUAUUUGUUGUCUGAUUUUCUUAGAUUGUGUUUACUUUUGUUUCGGAUAGGUGUUUGUGGGUUUCGGUUCGGUUCUGGUUAUGUGGGUUUUAGAAAGAUUAUAACUAUUUGAUUUGGUUUGGUUCAGUUUAUGUAGUUUUUUUUAUUGAAAGAAAUUUUCGGCGACUUUUAUU